AGCAAGCGCCGCAUCCCUCGCCUCUUCCCGACUUCCCCCCUCGAUUCGAUCCGAGCUCACUUCUAGGGUUCUUGGCCCCGCUCCACCGUCGCCCAUGGCAGACGAUGCCAACCGAGCGGCCUUCAUGGAGCUGCAGUCCCGGAUGAUAGAUACCACCGCGAAGAUCAAGCAGUUACAAACCCAAAUGCGUUCUAAAGAAGGGGAAAAGAAGCGUGCCUACCUUACUUUGGAGGAACUUCGCCAGUUGCCAGAUGAUACCAACACCUACAAGACUGUCGGAAAAGUGUUUAUUCUGGAGCCGAAGUCAGUUCUGUUCAAUGAGCAGGAGCAAAAGCUUAAUGACAGUGAGAGUGCGAUAGCUUCAAUGCAGACAUCCAAAGACUACCUUGAGAAACAGCAGGGCGAAGUGGAGAACAAUAUUAGGGAGCUGCUUCAACAGGACCCAGGACUUGCGCGUCAGAUCCUCUCAAUGACCGUUCAAUGAGAGUUGUUUUUCUCUCCAUUUAAUUUUUUAGAUAAUUUGUAAUGUCGCAGUUUGAUCAGUCAUGCUGUGGUCUUGCCUUAUCUGUGAGACAUGUGCGGUCUGUAAUUUCUGAGGUGUUUGGCUGGUGGAAUGAUGUGGUCCAUCAUUAUCUCACUCUAGUGCUUUGUUUGGUUUGUGGAAUAGAUUGAGUUAAUUC